GGAACAACUCUUUUCUACAGUAAUGCUCAUUAAAACAGUAGUAACGGCGGGAUUAUUGUUGCUGGGUACCGCCGUGGGGGCGAUUUCUGGUGCGCCAAACGUCCACACCGGGGUCCAGAUACCCGAUAGAGACUACGAAAACAACCACUACUUUGUGGUUGAACUCGACACGUCGAUGUCUCAAAAGACACUUCGGUCAUUCAUUGAUGAGCAUAAGAAUGAAUUUCAGUUUGAGCAUCCUUUACAUGGGUUGGACGACCAUUUUAUAUUCAGUAUGAAGAAGGAACAUCCUGCCGCCGAAUGGAUGGGGAGUUAUGGUGGCGGUAUAUCUACUAGUCUGGAUGGUCGGAUAAUGAAACGAGACUCCGAUGGCCAUUAUGAUCGGUUGGUUUCUAGAUCUGAAUUGAAGGGGAUUCAUUGGAUGGAACCUAGAAAAUUGGAACGUCGUAGACCCGUGCCAUAUACCCUGGAGGAUCUGGCUCAAAGGGACAACCAACAACAAAAGGCUCCUAUUCUGCCGGUACCAGCACCCAAUAAACCUGCAGACUUUGUUCCGGUAGACUCUUCACAAGAGGGGCUUGCCAAGAUUAUGAAAAAACUUGGGAUUCAUGACCCUAUCUUCCCACAACAGUGGCAUAUUUUAAACACCAACUAUCCAGGUCAUGACAUCAACGUCACUGGAGUUUGGGAAUCAGGAAUCACUGGCAAAGGUGUGGUGACUGCCAUUAUAGAUGAUGGGCUCGAUUAUGAGAGUGCCGACCUCAAGGAUAAUUUCAACCGUUUGGGUUCAUGGGAUUUUAAUGAUAAUACAAAUUUACCCUUCCCUCGUCUCCGUGAUGAUUAUCAUGGUACCAGAUGUGCUGGAGAAAUCGGAGCGGUUAAGAAUGAUGUUUGUGGGGUUGGUGUGGCGUACGGUUCCCAGGUUGCCGGGGUUCGUAUUCUCUCUGGUGCCAUCACUUCUGACCAAGAAGCUUCAGCAAUGAUGUAUGGUUUAGAUGUCAAUGAUAUUUUUUCAUGUCUGUGGGGUCCUACUGAUGACGGUAGAACUGUUAGUGAGCCAGACAUCAUUGUGAAGAAGGCUAUGGUUCGUUCUAUUCAAGAAGGCCGUAAGGAAAAGGGUUCGAUUUUUGUAUUUGCCUCUGGUAAUGGGGGUAGAAAUAUGGAUCUGUGUAAUUUUGAUGGUUAUACCAAUUCCAUUUAUUCAAUCACUGUUGGUGCCAUUGACCAUCAAGGAAAUCAUCCAACUUAUGCUGAAGCAUGUUCUGCAGUAAUGGUUGUAACUUAUUCAUCUGGAUCUGGUGAACAUAUUCAUACCACCGAUAUUAAGGGGUCAUGUUCUGCCAAUCAUGGGGGGACUUCUGCUGCGGCACCAAUUGCCGCAGGUAUCUUUGCCCUUGUUUUAGAAGCCAAUCCAAAGUUAACUUGGAGAGAUGUUCAAUAUGUAUGUGCCAUGAGUUCUAUUCCGGUCAAUCCUGACGAUGGAAACUAUCAAACAACUGGUCUUGGUCGUCAAUACUCUCACAAGUAUGGUUAUGGUAAGGUUGAUGCCUACGCCAUUACUGAAUUGGCCAAAACUUGGAAAAAUGUGAAGCCACAAGCUUGGUAUUACCUGGAUGUCAUCAAGGUUGGCCAAAGUAUUGAUUCCUCUGUUGAUGCAAAGAAGGUAAUUAAAUCAACUGUCACCGUCACUAAAGAAGAUUUAGCCCUUGUUAAUUUGGAACGGGUGGAACAUAUUACAGUCAAGGUGAAUAUCAAAUCUACCAUUAGAGGGAAAGUGGCCAUGAGAAUCAGGUCACCAUUUGGUGUUGUUAGUGACUUGGCAACAUUUAGACCACUGGACUUUAACAUGGCUGGGUUCCGUGAUUGGACUUUUAUGAGUGUGGCCCAUUGGGGUGAGGUUGGAGCUGGUGAAUGGGAAGUUGAGGUUUUCACUCAAGAUGGAGAAGGAAUUAAAAUUGAGUUUGUUGAUUUCCAAUUGAGAUUAUUUGGUGAAAGUAAGGAUGAAAAGAAGGCAGAGAAAUUCGACAUUACAAAGGAUUAUGCUCAAGUUAGAAGAGAUAAGGCUGCUGAAAAGCCAAAGGAGAAGCCUGAGGAUAAACCUGAAGAGAAGCCUGAGAAACCUGAGAAACCUGAAGAGAAGCCUGAAGAGAAGCCUGAAGAGAAGCCUGAAGAUAAACCUGAAGAAAAACCUGAAGAAAAACCUGAAGAAAAACCUGAAGAUAAACCUGAAGAGAAACCUGAAGAGAAGCCUGAAGAUAAACCUGAAGGAAAGCCUGAAGAUAAACCAGAGCAAAAACCUGAAGAUAAACCGGAGGAAACCAAUGACCCUGCUGAAAAGCCUGAAGAUAUUGAGAAGCCUGAAACGAAACCGAACAAUGAUGCAAAGCCUGGAACUAAACCGAACAAUGAUGCAAAGCCUGAAACUAAACCUUCAGAUGAAGUAGGUGAAGUUGAUGAUGAUGAAGAUACUGAUGGAAGUCAAAAACACUACACUUCUACACAUACUGGUCAAUAUUUCAUGGCGCUUGCAGUUAUAGGAUUUUUGGUUGUAAUUAUAUUGAUGAGAUUCCAUAAGACACCUGGUUCAUCUCGUCGUCGUAGAAGAAGAGAAGAAUAUGAAUUUGAUAUUAUCCCUGGUGAAGACUACACCGAUAGUGAAGACGAUGGAAAUGACGAAGAUUCACUUGAUUUGGGACGUAACACAAGACCUACCCGUCGAACAUCAGAUGAAGAACGUGAUCGUUUGUAUGAUGAGUUUGAUGCAGAAACCUUGCCAGUGUAUGAGGAAGAUGAAAUGUUCCAACUUGGAGAUGAAGAAGAAGGGAAACACGACGCUAAUACAGAAAGACACCUGUCAGAAUCCAAUCCACAAGAGUCGGUAGGUACAUCAACACCACCAACUCCACCACCUAAGGACUAACUGGCUACAGUAUGUAGAAUAUAAAUAAUCCCAACUAGGGGAUAACCCACAUAUAUAAAAAAAUUAGUAUA